AUGGCCAUGAUUGUGAGCCAGGCCCAGAUGGCAGCAAGCGUGGAGGAAGAACCAGCGGCAACUGCCACAUCUGCAGCGACUAUAUCCGUGUUGGAUGCCGUUCGAGUCAUGGGCAGCCUCACUUGGUGGGGUGUCGAUCUCGCCAUGGAGACGGCAGGCUAUGGCGUGUGUCCCUUUGCCGAUGACCCGGUAGAGGCGGCAAGACGGGCUCUACAGGACGGCAUCCUGGCGCAGCCGCUCGCCUUAGAAUCUCUCGACGGUGCUCUGUCCUCGUGGCACUACAGCCGGCAGUCGGACCGGUACGAGCCGCUGGUGGUGGCGCUGACGGGGUCGACGGGCACCGGGAAGACAGAGACGGCGUGGGUGCUGGCGGACGCCUUGCUGACCAAGCGCUGCCGCAUCACGGGCGGCACGAGGGACAUCCCCAGGGGGCUCCUGGUGCUCAAUGGGGCGGACUACAUGGUUGCGGCGAAGGUGGAGGAGUACCAGAGCCUGAUACGGCGGAAGCUUGGUCAGCGGCUGGAGUACUGCGGCGGCAACGUGGUGGUCUUGUUCGAUGAGCUGCAGAAGGCCGCCCCGGGGACGCUGGACGCGCUAGCCGAGGCGAUGUCGGAGCAUCCUCGAGUGACGUUCGAGCGGGGAGGUCAGAACGUGUCUGUGGACAGCAGCAGGGUCGUCUUCCUCCUCGUGUCGGACGUUGGGGCCGAGGGCGUCAACGCGGCCGUGCUCAGGUACCGGAAACGCUCCGACGUGGUUCCGGGAGCUCUCCAAUCGGCGGUCAAGAGGAGCCUGGACGAGCAGUGGGAGCGGUUGCGGUUCGGCAAGAUGGUGGACAAGGUGGUUCCUUACCUUCCCAUGGACCCCGCCAGCAACCUCCUCGUCGUGGAGCUGAAGCUCAAGAAGCUGGCCGAGACCCUCGAUGGGGGCUUGUACACGACAUCUGGUCUGCGGUGGCACCUGGUCCAGCCCCAGUACAUUCAGUACUCGAGUUACCACGUGACGCUGCCCAACGACGGAAGGGAAGAGAUAAUCCGGCACCAGCUCGCGGCGUACGGGGCUAGAGACGUGGAGAAGGUGUCCAUGCGAAGGCUCACAGGCGCCAUACGCAACCACGUGCUCAACCCCACGUGCGCGGCAACGGACGAAGGCGCAGAAGAAACAGGAUCCCCGGAGGGGCAGGGGAGGGGAGGGGGGGGGGGACGACCAGCGCAAGGGGGCUAUGGCGGCAGCAGCAGCAGUAGUAGGGGUGGCGGCGGCGGUCGGUGCUGGAGCGAGCCGUUCAUGGUGGACAUCCGGUACGACGCCUCGACAGAACAGGUGUCUUUCCACCGGUGUGAACCGGACUACGCCGACGGCCUGACGGAGCUGCAGCGGGAGCACCCGGAUGUGGUGGAGGGGCCCAAGUGCGACCUGGCUUGGAGAGGGGUGUUGCACGAGCACGGGGCUCUCGCCUGA